ACACAACAAAUUGACGUAAGCCCGCGAUAGCUUCAUUAGGCCCUAUCCAAAUAUCGUUUUUUUUCUAGAAACUCUUUAUUUCCCAUUUACUUCCUUUUAGGCUAUAUUCAGUUUGGCUAUUCCUUCGAUUUACACUGUUCAUCGUUUCAUGCCGCGGUUCGUCCACUGCAAUCGACCGACCGCGGGACCCAGGCGACCAACCAUCACGCAUAUUUGACCGCGUUGGCUUAAGCAAUCGUCACAUUACCGGGAGCACGCACGCGCAAUCAAUUUGGGACAUGCUUUGAUACAGGCAACCCAGGGCGCAUUCUUCACCAUUGCCGCGAUCGCAUUCCAUCAUCCUUCUUCACAUACGGACGGCUGCAGGUGCCGCUGUUUGUAUGCGCAUAACCCCCCGCCGUUUGCGACCCUCUCUCGUCUUGCAGCUGCAACCGAGCCGCCUUCCUUGCCGACAUUUUCCUGUAUAACUCUACACAACUGAGCGGUCGCGCUGCGAACAACAUCAUCGUCAUGAGCGUCCCUUUGACUACCGAAGAGCUCGAGCGCUAUACCGCUAUCAUUGAUGACAUCCUCGAGACGUCCGAUCUUGAGACCAUCUCACGAAAGAAGAUCCGGCAGGGGUUAGAGAACAAGCUCGGCGGCCAGGAUCUGAGCGAGCAGAAGAACGCCAUCAAACGACUUAUCGAAGCUCGGUUCGACGCCGUAUCUGGGGCCAACAACGGAAUCGAACCCCCCUCCACCGUCGACUAUGCGGCCAACGGUACAUCCGAUGUAGGCGAGACCGAGCAAUCCGCCACUCCAGAACCUUCACGAAAGAAGGUUAAGCGAUCGUCAUCGGCUGAAGAUGCAGACGCCAAGUUGGCCGCGCAACUCCAGGCACAAGAAAACAGCUUGGCCAGAGGGCGCAAGACUCGAGGGGGCGACAAGGCAAACCCUACCAAGAAGAAGGCGGCGCCGCGCAAGAAAAGUGCGAAGAAGGUCAAAGCCGACGAUGAUAGCGACCUCGAACCAGCCGAUGGUGAGGUUGGCAAGAAGAGAAAGGCUGGUGGUGGUUUCCAGAAACCUUUCAACUUGAGCGAAACCCUCUCUGAACUUGUUGGCGAGACGCAGGUACGUGACCCAUUUCUUUGUAUACUGCACAGGACUUUACCCUAGAUCUCUUGCGAGGUUGGGCCAUGGCUUUGUCUAUUCAGCCCAUGUCUUGACGGUAUCAGAUUAUUGCCUGAAGGGGCUGGAAGCCUCUAUCCUAAUUCGGACUAUCCAGUCUAUGUCUUGCCACUAGUCUUGCCAUCUGGAUAGUUACAUACAGCUGGGGCAGAGCCAACGCUAACACAAUUCUAGCUCUCACGACCUCAAGUUGUCAAGAAGCUCUGGGAACACAUCAAAGCAAACGACCUUCAAGACCCGAACGACAAACGUCAAAUCAUUUGUGACGAGAAGAUGCAAGCAGUCUUUAAACAGGCAAGAGUUGACAUGUUUCGGAUGAACAAGGAUAUCGGUAGCCAUCUUUACCCGGUUGGCGAGGAAUAAACGGCAGAGCGACUACAUCUGCGGAAAGCAUAGUCCCUCUGCAAAGGUUUCGGUGAAAGCGUUUGGGCGCGCGGCGGCGUACCGGUAAAGUGUUUCUUGUCUAGCUAUUGACAAUUGGGCUAGGUGCUAUAUAAUGAAUCCCAAAGAUUUCCGAAAGGCUCAAGAUUGUCUCUUUCGUACCACUUGGGUGGUGAUUCAGGAACAUUAUGGUGGGGAUAAAGACUACCCUACAAUGGGAGGAUAUUACUUGCAAAAAUCGAUCUACUUGAGGGUGGGAUUGCUCUACAACUCUAGUAUUUGAUGAUAAUAUCUACCUACCUUGAAGCAUGCACCUCUGAAAAGGAAUUGUUGAUUACACCC